CUUUGCGGUACCACCCUCUGUAUACCCUCAGACCCCGGCUUUGGCGUUAAAAUGAUGCCACUGAGGAAUGCCUGGGUGUUCUUGACAGAGUCAGACAUCGAGAUACCUCACUUGACAAGGUAUACCGGCGCCCGAGGGCAAAGUACUGGAGUUGUGUACUCCCCGAUCCUAUACCUCCUUCACCCUGUCAACAAGAUUGACGGGGCCGCAUCCGAGUUUCUCCACAUACAACGGUAGCAUACCACCGGUCCCUUUCCAAUCUUCCUCACCCCA